AUGAAGUUCUUUGGGUGGAUGCAGACGAAGCUAAGUGGGAAGCAGCUGAAUAAUAAUAGCAGACCAAGCACGUCCUCGGCUUCUCAUCAUCUGAAGCAAGAGCCACGGGAAGAAUUCAGCGACUGGCCUCACGGGUUAUUAGCUAUCGGGACAUUCGGUACAAACAACUGUGCGAGACGGGACAAGAAUCGGAAGGUUCAAUGGAUCCAGGAAGAGGCUUCGAAUGCAAAACACGGCGAAAACGAAGACCGGAACCAAGAACAAGAUCAAGAUCCUUCUUCCUCGGACGAUCUGGAAGACUUCACUUCCGAGGAGGUGGGCAGACUACAGAAGGAGUUGACGAAGCUCUUGUCACGGACUAAGAAGAGAAAGUCGGAUGUGCACAGGGAGCUCACGAACAAUCUCCCACUGGAUAGAUUCUUGAACUGCCCUUCGAGCUUGGAGGUAGACAGGAGAAUCAGCAACACCCUCUGCAGCAUUGAUCCCGAUGACAAGGAGGAAGACAUCGAGCGGACUAUCAGCAUUAUUCUCGGCAGAUGCAAAGAGAUCUCGACAGAGAACAAGAACAAGAAGAAGAAGACGGAUAUCGGUAAAACCUGCGUCUCAUAUCUCCUCAAGAAGAUUUUCAUCUGCAGAGAAGGAUUCUCGUCGCGUGCUCCCUCUCCGAGUUUGAGAGAUACCCUUCAAGAAUCAAGAAUGGAGAAGUUCUUGAGGAUGAUGCUACACAAAAAGAUAAACCCUCAAGCCUCCUCGAGGGCAACAUCGGUGAAGAAUUACUUGCAAGACAAGCAACGAGUUUCGAAGAAUAUCGAAGAAGAGGCAAACGAGAAAAGUAACGACGGGUGUAAAUGGGUCAAGACGGAUUCCGAUUUCAUUGUUCUUGAAAUCUGAACACGUUUUGUUCCUCAGCUCUUGCAAACGCUAAUGCACAAGUACAGAUAUACACACACACACACAUAUAUAUAUAUGUGUGUACGGCUUUGGAGGGAAAUCAAAAGAAAGGAACAAUUUUGG